ACCAGAUGGAGACCCAGACUUUGCAGCAGGAGCUGGAAUCCCUUCCAACCACCAAGAUGGCUCAAACUAACCCCAUGCCGGGGUCUGUGGGGCCAUGGAAGAUAACCAUCUAUGACCAGGAGAACUUCCAGGGCAAGAGGAUGGAGUUCACCAGUUCCUGCCCAAAUGUCUCUGAGCGCAGUUUUGAUAAUGUUCGGUCACUCAAGGUGGAAUGUGGCGCCUGGGUUGGUUAUGAACAUACCAGCUUCUGUGGGCAACAAUUUGUCCUGGAGAGAGGAGAGUACCCUCGCUGGGAUGCCUGGAGCGGGAGUAAUGCCUACCACAUUGAGCGACUCAUGUCCUUCCGCCCCAUCUGUUCUGCUAAUCAUAAGGAGUCUAAGAUUACCAUCUUUGAGAAAGAAAACUUUAUUGGACGCCAGUGGGAAAUCUGUGACGACUACCCCUCCUUGCAAGCCAUGGGUUGGUUCAACAACGAAGUUGGUUCCAUGAAGAUACAAUGUGGAGCCUGGGUUUGCUACCAGUAUCCUGGAUAUCGUGGCUAUCAGUAUAUCUUGGAAUGUGACCAUCAUGGAGGAGACUAUAAACACUGGAGAGAGUGGGGUUCUCAUGCCCAGACUUCCCAGAUUCAAUCGAUUCGCCGUAUCCAACAGUAGUGGAUUAAAAGCUCCAAGUAAGAAUUCCUCAGGCAUGAGACCUUGCUAAGUAAUCUAGAAUGAGUUUUAUGUUCUGCUCAGACAUUGCUUCCAAAUGUUAGCUGCCGAUAUCCACAAUAAAUGUCAUUAAA